AUGGGAAGUCUCGAGCGCGCGGGAGACGAGUACAUUGAAGAUGUCUUCCUCCAGGAUGCUCUCAACCCGACCAUCGCAGAGCAUGCGACCCAAUGCCAUUCUCUUUUCCACAGGUGCAUGGUUAUGCCGGACAUCGUGCCAGACCCCACGAUUAUGGACGAUCAGCUUGCACGCUUUUCUCUGUGGGCAUCAAACAUGGAUGUUUAUGGGCCACCCAACGUCUCGCUGGACUACAGGCUCCGAUUCAGUCCCGUAGCCGUAGAUAUCAUACACCAGCUCCUAGAUGUUAUUUGCGACACCUUGCUGUCUUUGAAGCCAAUCGACGAGCGACCACCACAAACUUCGAGCAGAAAGAGACAACGCAUGUCAGGAUAUGGCAAUUCGGGACUCAUGACGAGAGCCGACGAAGACGCGAGCGAUUCUGAGAGCGAUGUCGAUCCAGUAGAAGAAAAUAUCUUAAAGAUUACCGAGACAAUCGGCGGAACUAUGACGCGGCUCUUUCGUCUCUCCAACGCCGUUCGAAAGUCUGCCAAAGCCAACCGGGCCCGCAAGAUCGAGAGGUACAAAGACGAUGAAGAGGCAAACAAGGCCAUAGACGAGUUACGUCUCUAUACAAAAUGCUAUAUUGAGUUUCGGUACCCCGAGGCGCCGGAGGCACUCCGCUCGGCAUUGGUUGAAGCCAAUGCACUGCGCCUCCGAAGGCUGUAUUAUCAGCGCUCUCAUCGAAGGCGCCUUGAGCUGAGUAUUCAGCGCCCGGACACGAGUUCGGUUGUUGUUCAACUCCCGAAAAUGACAGCGAGUGCGCCGGCUGUAAGAUUUGCGUCGAGUGCCCUGCCAAAGCCCGCGGCCACAAAUGAAAUGCGGGCCCCUUCACCUGUGCCAGCAACGAAUGCAACUACUGCUCGACAGACUGCCGUUGCGGCCUUCUACGCCAAAUCCACAACUGAGGUCCCGCGGGCCAAGUCUGCUCUCGUGAACAACAAGUUGUCGUUCCCUGCCAUACCGCCGACGCACCAGUGUCCAUACUGUGGUGUCAUUGUUGAGUUCAAGAACACUGCAAGGUCAUUGUUGUGGCAAAAUCAUGUCGUGGGAGACCUGGAGCCUUUUAUUUGUGUCUUUCCACACUGCCUGCAAGGAGGUCACCACGAGCACGGGACCGGCCCGCUCACAUUCGAAACGACGAAAGCCUGGUCCAGCCACAUGCAGAAUGCUCAUGGCCAUACAUGGGAGUGCAGGGCUCCUUCUCACGAUCCGAUCGUCUUUGACCAAGAGACCCAGUACCAGGAGCACUCCAUCAGGGAGCACGGCGUGCCUGAAGCGCACGCCGGGACCCUCAGCAACGCCGCACGGAGGCCAAUUGCCGAUAAGGUGCUGGAAUGUCCAUUUGGCGACGAUUUUCAGCCCUCGGGAAAGGCUGAGUCAAACGCUGUCUUCUCGAGUGAAGCUCUCCAGUCACACGUCGCCGGUCAUAUGAAGGAAAUUGCUCUGCUUACACUGCAAAAACUUCCCAGCGAUGAUGUCGAGAACGUGGAGAACGUCGACAGCGACCAACCGUUAGAAGAUGAUGGGCCAGCCGGCGCUUUUCGUGGUUCCAUGUACAGCGUACUUGAUGAUGAGGACCUGGAUUUUCAAGAUGAUGACCUUGAGGCUGCAGAUGGCAAUGAGGGACACCGCGGAGAGGACAUCACUGCACAGGUGACAGUGCUCGACCUAGAGGACAAAGACGACUUAGGGAUGACGAAGCUUCACCACGCAGUGCAGGCCGGCGAUCUGAGCCUGAUUGAGUCCCUGAUCCAGAGGGGCGCAAGUAUGAAUGUGAGGGACGAAAAUGGCCAGACGCCCCUGCAUUACGCUGCGGAGAGGGGCUUCAUCGAGUGCAUGGAAAUCUUGAUGAUGCGCGGUGCGGACAUACACAUCGUUGACAAGUUUGGAUUUUCUCCAUUCCUCUUGGCUGUCGUUGCCGGGCAAGAAGGCGCCGUUACGAGACUGUUGGCUGAUACCAAUCCAUUCAGCGCGGACGGAAAGUCAGCGCUCGCUUGGGCAGCCGGUCUGGGAUGGUAUUCGGUGGCUAAAAUGCUUCUUGAACACGGUGUCAGCACAUCUCUUGACCGAUCUCUUGCCCGAGAUGCGCAACAGACUCUGCCUUUGGAAGAAGCGGCAGCUUCUGGCAAUAUGUCCGUUGUUCAAUUGCUCCUCGCUUAUGGUGUAGAUCUGAACCAUCGUAAUCGCGAUGGUUGGUCCGCCAUACAUUGGGCAGCGGAGGAGGGCCAUCUGGAGAUUGUACGUAUGUUGCUGGACCAUGGGGCCAACCUCAAUGCGGUGAGCUCUUACGGUACAUCGCCAUUGCACUGCGCCGCAAAUGGAGGGCAUGUUUCCAUUGUGAACUUGCUCCUCCUACAGGGGGCCGACCGCCACAAGACAACAUGCCACGGCUGGACUGCACUACACCAUGCCGCCUUCAUGGGUCACUCGCAUGUCGUCCAGCGCCUCUUAGAAGACGGCAGCAUACGAUCCACCGCCUCCCAGCAGGACAAUCACGGCUGGUCUGUUCUUCAUUUAGCCGUCCACAGCCGAGAUCUAGCCACCGUCCGGGUCCUGCUCGAUGAAUCUGUCAUUGCAGAGCCUCAGACCCUGUGGGACGAAAGCGGCCUCACCGCAGAAGAAUGGCUAGAUCGCGGGCAGGCUAGCCAUUCGCAGAGAGCCACAAGCAACUUGGCGUUCAGUAAGUCGCGCUGUUGUCGGGCCGUCACAGGCAUUCGCCAAGCUGUUACUCUGGACAACGUCCCCAUGAUCAAACUUCUUCUCAGAUUGGGUCACGACAUCAAUGGCAUGAACUCUGGAAGGAGGACUGCGCUCUACUACGCCUCGAAGAAGGGAAUGCUUUCGAUCGUGGAUCUACUUCUUGACCUGGGUGCGGAUCCCAACAUCCUCCCUAACGGGCGGAAGAACUGGGAAGAAUUCAUUCCACCCGGUGACGUUUUACAGCGCCUCUACCGAGCCGGAUACAAGAAACGAGAUGCCGACCACGAGUUGGAGCGCCAGAUUCGGCAUGCACUCAGAGUGCAGAGCCAGUCGUCUGUGCCGGAUCCACCAGCCUGGUUCGUAUCAGGCGAGUCGAAUUCAUCCAUGCCGGAUCGAUCUGUCUCCCAUGACAUGGACCGGCCUUCCUCCCCUGUUCCAGCUUUGUCAACGUCACCUUCUCUAGACCAUGCAGCCUCAAGUAGACUUACAAGCUCGCCGGCGCCUACCCACCAAACAAAUGACAGGAAGCGCAAGGCAAAGUCAAGCCGGACGGGCUGGUGGAAACGGCUCAUAGGUGCAAUAUAG